GUCUUUCAGAGUCUCAGACACUCGACCUACAAGUUCUUCCCAUGUCGGACCCGACCGUACUCAAAUAAUUCCACUCUACUCCUCUCUCUCUCUCUCUCUCUCUCUCAGCCUCACAGAAACCAACGCUGCUUCGGUGAUUAACUCAAAGAGUGAAGAGCUCGCGAUGAGAACGAACAACGACGUUCCACAGUCAACCAUUCAUGUUCCUUCCUCAACGAUAGCCAGUAGUACGGUGGUACUCAAGAAAGACAACUCCUCGGAAGCAGCUGCUUCUGGAUUCUUCGGUAAGAGCCGUCCGUACAAGUUCUGGGCCUUGGCCGCCAUUCUUCUCCUUGCUUUCUGGUCCAUGUUCACCGGCUCCGUCACUCUCAAGUGGUCCACCGGUGACCUCACCCGCUUUGCCGGAGACACGACCGACUCUCUGAUCCACGACGAUCUUGACAUUCUGGAAGUGGAGGAGAGACAGAAGGUGGUGAGGCACAUGUGGGAUGUGUACACGCAAAGCAAGAGUAUCAGACUUCCUAAGUUUUGGCAGGAGGCUUUUGAGGCUGCUUACGAGCUUUUGGUGAGUGAGACUCCCGGCGUCCGAGACGCUGCCCUUACCGAGAUUGCUAAGAUGUCCAUGAGCUCCAUCAGCCUCCACCCACCUACUGGUCACUCACAGAGUACUAGACGAUCAAGAAAGAGCCCCAAGCAAGUAGAACAGGUGAAAGAAGAAAUUACAAUUGGGAGUAGUGAGAGUAGCCGAUAACCAGGAAAUCUUCAAGGGUAUACCAUAUAUGCACUCUGCGAUAUCCCACUUCCUGCUUAAAGUUUGGUAGAAGAUGGUGAUGGUAAUACACAGUCUAUUAUAUCAGAACAAGAAAUGGUUACAUAAAUAUUAGUAAUCUUUUAGCUCUCCCUACGAGCUUUUCACUACCAGCAUAGCAUUCUUCAGCUUAAGGACCUGGUAUUAUCCAGCUUUUUCAUAAUAAGCCCAUGAAACCGUGGGUUUUAGUAACUUGUAUUUUGCUGAAUGAAUGAUAUGGGGAUGACUUUCUGCUGAAAGUAUCAUAAGAUACGAAAAGCAACAGAUGAUGGUUAUUCUUCAUUGUAGAUUUUGUAAUCUUCAAUCACACUUCUUGUUCAUGCAGUGCAUAUCAAGUAGUUUUAUAUUA